AUGAGUAGCAAAUCAAAUAGUCCUGCAUUUGAUGAGAAAGUCCCUUUAGUGGCCAGAGUUGUGGUCAACUUAUUAGCCGUAUUCUAUGGGUUUCUGGUGUCAUGUUAUCUCACAAUCAGUAUAAUCAAGAAUAGGAGCAGUUUUUUCCAGAAAAAGCGUCGGGAUGUGCCCCCGGACUGCCUCAAAGACCCCGCACAGGGUUUCUGGUGUCAUAAAAAGCGUCGGGAUGUGCCCCCGGACUGCCUCAAAGACCCCGCUCUGGGAACCCAUCACUUCAUACAACUUAAAGACAUAAAAAUGCAUUACGUAUCGAAAGGCGAUGAAAAUAAACAGUUAAUGCUUUUCAUUCACGGAUUCCCGGAGUUCUGGUACUCGUGGAGGCAUCAGAUGAAAGAGUUCGAUGACUUUCAAUGGGAGAGCACGUGAUUCAUACGACAAACAAUAAACACAAUAAACAGGGUCUCACACGCUGUACGA